AUGCCUGCCAAAGCUAGCAAGAAGGGAGAAAAGAAGGCCGGAAAAGCCAAGGCCACCGCCGCAGCUUCUGAAAAGAAGAAGCGUGCAAAGAAAAGAAAGGAAAGCUAUUCCAUCUACAUCUACAAAGUUUUGAAACAAGUUCACCCCGACACUGGAAUCUCCAGCAAGGCCAUGAGCAUCAUGAACUCUUUCGUUCAAGAUAUCUUCGAACGUAUCGCCAAUGAAGCUUCCCGCUUGGCUCAAUACAACAAGCGUUCUACCGUUACCAGCAGGGAAAUUCAGACCGCUGUUCGUCUUCUCUUGCCCGGUGAAUUGGCUAAGCACGCCGUCAGCGAAGGUACCAAAGCUGUCACCAAAUACACCAGCAGCAAGUAA